CCUUGCUUGGCUCUCGUGUCUAGAGCGCACGACCUCGCCACCGAUAAGGAACUAUGGGCCGCAAGAAGAAAUUCAUCGACAAGAAGGAGUCGACGACCUUUCACGUGGUACACCGGUCCCAGCAGGACAAGGCUAACGAGGGCGAGGAGGAGGCUUCAGAGUUCGUCCUCAUCCCGUCGGCGCCAUCGAGAGAUAGCCGGCCGCAGGAGGAAAGGAAAGCAGCUGGUAAGGGGAAGGGCAAGGAUGGCGUGACAGGGACGGAGCGUGAUCACAUCAACGCCCUCGGCCUCCCGAACGAUGGGUACGACUACGACCGGCACCUCAAGUCCAUGGGCGGAGGCACGUUCGUCUCGAAGAGCGGAAAGGUACAGCACUUUGCAGAAGGCAACAGCCAGGGCGCCAGGGGGGGGGGAGUGAAAGCCAGCAUCCCGGAAGAGGCGUUGCCAUCCGGGGAGACGCUGGACCGGCAGCUCGAGGCCGUCACAAUUAGCGAAAAGGUGAUGGACGGCGACAUGAGGAGAGCUUUGGCGGCGGGGCUGGCUGACGUUGGCGAGGACGACUGGGAUGACGAGAGCAACAUGCUCGACGACGACUUCGUUGUGCAGGCGGCCGGUGCAGGAGAAGAUGAGGGCUUCGACUUCGACGCUCACGUGGCCCGGUUGAUGGAGGCCAGCGCGAAGGAGACCGGCGUGAGGCCGCGGACCAUGGACGACGACCUCCAGACCAAGGGCCUGGUGCGAUUGCGGCGAGACUCGGACUUAGAGAGCGACGACUCAGAGGACGACGCUGCUACGCUGGAUGGUGGUGGCGGGUCAGACGACAGCGGGGAGAUAGACGACGCGCUGCUGGAAGGGCUGGACAUCAGCGGGGCGGCGGCGGCGGCGGGGGGAGGCGUCCCCGGGGAGGGGACGGAGGAGGACCGGGCUGUGCUCGAUUCUCAGUUCGAGGCGGGACGCUGGGAUCUGGAGCAGCACGACUACGCGAACACGUGCAUGGACGACUUCCUCGCCGCCAACGAGGACGCUCGCUGGACGGAUGGGGUCCAGCGGCUGCCGCCAGACCAGCGCUCCAUCGCGGCGGCCACCCUCGCCAUCGAAGGCUCCGCCGCCGCUAAUCCCGCCGCCGCCCCCCCCGCUGGCGGCGGCGGCGGCAGCGUCGGCGACGCGGGUAAGGCGGGAGCAGGUGCUGCAGCGGCCGGCGGCGCGGGGCCGGGUGGAGUCGGACUGAGCGCAGAGGCAGCUACGACGACGGGGACGUCGGGCCCCCGCUUGGGGAAGCUGAGAGGGUUAGGGGGUGUGCCAGUACCAGCGCCGGAGGACGACGAGGAGGAGGAGGAUGACGAGCUUCAUGACAUGGAGCAUCAUAACGAAUACCUGCGGGAAAAACCGGCCGAACAGUGGGACUGCGAGACGAUCGUGAGCACGUAUUCAAACCUCGACAACCACCCGUCGGUGCUCGGGACCGGCCGCAAAGCGAAGCCUGGCCGCGCCCGGCGGUCCCCCGUUGCGGAGGGGGUCGGGGGCGGAGACGCGUCCACAGUGCAGCAGGUUGCGCUGUCGGCAAAGACGGGCCUUCCUCUGGGCGUGCUCCCGGAGAGGACGUACAACGACACGGGCAUGGUGUCGUUGAUCCCGGGUAAGAACAAGGGAGAGAAGCGAGAUACCGAGGAAACAGCGGAGGAGAAGAGGCGAAGAAAAGCACAGAUCAAGCAGGACAAGAGGGACAAACGUGUCCAAAAGAAGAACGUGAAGACGGCUUUCACCAGCGAGGCCAAGGUGAUCUCCCACGCACUGGCCAAUCCGGAGGCCCCGCAAAAUCGAAGCGUCUUCAGCUACUCUUGAACAAACGAACGAACGAACGAACCCUGACCUUAUUUCUGGGCAGGCCGGAAGACCUGCCUCGCCCCCGUCGAUGCUGUGCCCGCUACGGCUGCGUGCAUGCAUGGAUGCCGGGAAUCAGUGUUGGGGGGGUAGUAGGUUUAUCCUCUGUCCUUGUCCGUUCUCGAGGACCGUGUGGCACACACAACAGGGGCUGGCCUUUAUUUGUACUUUACUUAAUUGCGACAUGCGUAGGCAGGGGGAGGGGAUUGUACAGGGAAGAUAAAAGACAAAGGACCCGAAACAAGAAGACCUUCGUUGUCUGUAAUUCUUGUCGUUUGUCGUUAUGGACGGUGGAGAGCAGGAUGUUUCGGGGGACGCAUGCGUUCUUUUUUGCCGGAUAGCAGACGUCCGCUCAUUUGAUUUCCGGGCUUCGCAAGCGCUUGGGCUGUGCCGGGGUUAUAGGGCAAAGGACUGUACCCCUUCCGGUCUUCAACCGUUUUGACCCGGACGUGAGGUCUAUUUCUUCGAAAGAUAGACAUGUACUUUGAAGUAUAAUGUAAGGAGACCAGGCAUGGAGCUACAUCAGUAGGCGUUUUCGACGGCGGAGAGAUUUCCAAGUGCUCGAAGCGGCGUUUUUUUACGGUUACUACAACGGUGACGUGCAAAGCCACAGAGGGUCUCGCUAUCCACGCUUCUCAUCGUAACUACUUGACUGCUGCCGCAAGUAAGUUUUCGGCGAAUUCGCGGGGUCAGAUACCGGCGAAAGGAAGCAUCAACUCGGACAGCCUUCGCCGGUGGACGUACAGAGUAGUAAUGAUGAUGUGGGUGUCCACAAAACAAACGUCCGUACAGAGAGCCCAACAUCAGGACAGACGAUGAUACCAUCUGUCA